AGGCGGUGCUAGGGCCGCUGACCCGCCGCACUUGCCGGCCUCGAGUCUCCCGGCCGCUGCGGGCCCUUUCAGUGGAACGGAGGAUGCCGCCUCGGCACCUGGAGGUCACGGGAGACUGAGUGGAGACCGGGGCGUUGAGGGCCGCAGCCUAGAGCACCGGAAGCUGAGCCGUCGCCUGAGCGGACUCCGAGGCCGCUGGAGCAGGGCGCCGCGCGGGAACCAUUAGCCACGCAAGUGAACGAGCCCUUCGAAGGUUUCCGCAGGCCCGGUGUCCAAGCUUCCCGAGUGUGGAUUGGGGGACUAGGGACGUGGCGCAAUGAGGAGCCGGAGUAACUCGGGGGUUCGCCUGGAUGGCUAUGCUCGGCUGGUGCAUCAGACCAUCCUGUGCCAUCAGAAUCCAGUAACAGGAUUGCUUCCAGCCAGUUAUGAUCAGAAGGAUGCUUGGGUCCGAGAUAAUGUGUAUAGCAUCCUGGCUGUGUGGGGUUUGGGCCUGGCAUAUCGGAAAAAUGCAGACCGUGAUGAGGACAAGGCAAAGGCCUAUGAACUGGAGCAGAGUGUAGUGAAGCUAAUGAGGGGACUGCUGCACUGCAUGAUCAGACAGGUGGAUAAAGUAGAGUCCUUCAAGUAUAGUCAGAGUACUAAGGAUAGCCUCCAUGCCAAGUACAAUACCAAAACUUGUGCCACGGUAGUGGGUGAUGACCAGUGGGGACACCUCCAGUUGGAUGCUACUUCUGUGUACCUGCUCUUCCUAGCACAAAUGACUGCCUCAGGACUCCAUAUCAUCCACAGCCUAGAUGAAGUCAAUUUUAUACAGAACCUUGUGUUUUACAUUGAAGCUGCAUAUAAAACUGCUGACUUUGGAAUAUGGGAACGUGGAGACAAGACCAACCAAGGCAUCUCAGAAUUGAAUGCGAGUUCAGUUGGAAUGGCCAAGGCAGCCCUGGAAGCACUAGACGAAUUAGACUUGUUUGGUGUGAAAGGUGGGCCGCAGUCAGUUAUCCAUGUCCUGGCUGAUGAAGUACAACACUGCCAGUCGAUCCUGAAUUCACUACUGCCCCGGGCUUCAACAUCCAAAGAAGUUGAUGCUAGUCUGCUCUCAGUGAUCUCUUUCCCAGCCUUUGCUGUAGAAGACAGCCAUUUGGUGGAGCUCACCAAACAGGAAAUCAUCACCAAGCUUCAGGGUCGCUAUGGUUGCUGUCGUUUUCUACGAGAUGGAUAUAAAACUCCUAAAGAGGAUCCCAAUCGUCUGUACUAUGAACCAGCUGAGCUGAAGCUAUUUGAAAACAUUGAGUGCGAAUGGCCAUUGUUCUGGACAUACUUUAUUCUUGAUGGGAUCUUCAGUGGAAACAUAGAACAGGUUCAAGAAUAUAGAGAGGCUCUUGAUGCAGUCCUCAUCAAGGGCAAAAAUGGAAUCCCACUUCUUCCAGAGCUGUACAGUGUUCCUCCUGACAGGGUUGAUGAAGAGUAUCAAAAUCCUCACACUGUGGAUCGAGUCCCUAUGGGAAAAUUGCCUCACAUGUGGGGUCAGUCUCUAUACAUUUUAGGAAGCUUGAUGGCAGAGGGAUUUUUAGCUCCUGGAGAAAUUGAUCCCCUGAAUCGUAGGUUUUCUACUGUGCCAAAGCCAGAUGUGGUGGUUCAAGUCUCCAUUCUAGCUGAAACAGAAGAAAUCAAGGGCAUUUUGAAGGACAAAGGAAUUGAUGUGGAGACCAUUGCUGAAGUGUACCCCAUCAGAGUACAGCCAGCUCGUAUUCUCAGCCACAUUUAUUCCAGUCUAGGAUGCAACAGUAGAAUGAAACUCAGUGGACGACCCUACAGGCUCAUGGGUGUGCUUGGAACGUCAAAACUCUAUGACAUUCGCAAAACAAUCUUUACUUUCACUCCACAGUUUAUAGACCAGCAACAGUUCUACCUGGCUCUGGACAACAAGAUGAUAGUAGAAAUGCUUAGAACCGAUCUCUCCUACCUCUGUAGCCGUUGGAGGAUGACAGGCCAGCCCACCAUCACUUUCCCCAUCUCACACACCAUGCUCGAUGAAGAUGGAACCAGCUUGAAUUCAAGUAUCCUGGCAGCACUCCGAAAAAUGCAGGAUGGCUAUUUUGGUGGGGCAAGGAUCCAGACAGGUAAAUUGUCAGAGUUUUUGACGACAUCUUGCUGCACACACUUAAGCUUCAUGGACCCUGGGCCUGAGGGAAAGCUGUACAGUGAAGAUUAUGAUGAAGACUAUGAUGAGCUGGAAUCUGGCAACUGGAUGGAUAGCUAUGAUUCAACAAGUAAUGCUCGCUGUGGUGAUGAAGUUGCUCGCUAUUUAGACCACCUUUUGGCACGCACUGUUCCCCAUCCUAAACUAGCUCCUACCUCACAGAAGGGAGGGCUAAGUCGGUUCCGAGCUGCUGUGCAAACAACUUGCGACUUAAUGUCCUUGGUGACCAAGGCCAAGGAGCUGCAUGUACAGAAUGUUCACAUGUACCUCCCUACGAAGUUAUUUCAGCCUUCUCGCCCUUCACUCAAUUUACUUGACGCACCUCAGUCUUCACAAGAUAACCAGGUUCCUUCUGUUCGUGUAGAAGUACAUGUUCCUAGAGACCAGUCUGGGGAAGUGGACUUCCAGUCACUGGUUUCACAGUUGAAGGAAACCUCAAGCUUACAAGAGCAAGCUGAUAUACUCUACAUGCUGUAUUCAAUGAAAGGACCUGACUGGGACACUGAAUUGUAUGCAGACGGGGGUGCUACUGUCAGGGAACUUCUUAGUGAACUCUACGGCAAAGCCGGUGAACUUCGGCACUGGGGUCUGAUCCGAUCCAUCUCUGGGAUCUUACGGAAGAAGGUGGAAGCACUUGAUGAGGCCUGCACAGACCUUCUCUCCUACCAGAAACACCUCACAGUAGGACUUCCUCCAGAACCUCGAGAGAAGACCAUCUCUGCACCUCUACCAUAUGAGGCACUCACUAAGCUGAUAGAUGAAGCCAGUGAAGGAGACAUGAGCAUUUCAAUCCUUACACAGGAAAUAAUGGUGUAUCUUGCUAUGUACAUGAGAACUCAGCCUGGCCUCUUUGCUGAGAUGUUCCGACUUCGAAUUGGGCUGAUCAUACAAGUUAUGGCAACAGAACUGGCCCAGUCUCUUCGAUGCUCAGCUGAAGAAGCCACCGAGGGCCUGAUGAAUCUGAGUCCUUCAGCCAUGAAGAACCUCCUGCAUCACAUUCUCAGUGGCAAAGAGUUUGGAGUGGAACGGAGCGUUCGGCCCACUGAUUCAAAUGUGAGUCCUGCUAUUUCCAUCCAUGAGAUUGGUGCUGUUGGAGCAACGAAAACAGAACGAACUGGAAUCAUGCAGUUAAAAAGUGAGAUAAAGCAGGUGGAAUUCCGUAGACUGUCUAUCUCUACUGAGAGUCAGGUGGAAUUCCGUAGACUGUCUAUCUCUACUGAGAGUCAGACUAAUGGUGGUCACCCCUCAGGUAUAGAUUUGAUGUCACCGUCCUUUCUGUCCCCUGCAGCCUGCAUUACUGCAAGUAGUGGGUCCUUUCCUACUGUGUGUGGUCAGCAGACAUCUAAAGACAGUCGUCAAGGUCAGUGGCAACGGCGGAGAAGACUAGAUGGAGCACUAAAUAGAGUACCGAUCGGAUUUUAUCAAAAAGUCUGGAAAAUUUUGCAGAAAUGUCAUGGACUUUCGGUGGAAGGUUUUGUUCUUCCUUCUUCAACCACGAGGGAGAUGACCCCAGGCGAGAUUAAAUUCUCUGUCCAUGUGGAGUCUGUCCUGAAUCGUGUACCCCAGCCAGAGUACCGCCAACUUCUGGUUGAGGCCAUCCUUGUCCUUACCAUGCUGGCAGAUAUUGAAAUUCAUAGCAUUGGAAGCAUCAUCGCUGUGGAAAAAAUAGUACAUAUUGCCAAUGACUUGUUCCUUCAAGAACAGAAAACCCUCGGUGCAGAUGAUGUCAUGUUGGCAAAGGAUCCUGCAUCUGGCAUCUGUACUCUUCUCUACGACAGCGCACCCAGUGGCAGAUUUGGCACCAUGACCUACCUCUCCAAGGCAGCUGCCACCUACGUGCAGGAGUUUCUGCCACACAGCCUCUGUGCCAUGCAGUGAGGGCAGCGGCUUCUGGCUGCUGGGAUCCUUUCGCCAUCUGGUCCCUGGCUUGGUUGAUUGUGCAUGGAACUGAAAUGUUAACACCUGACCACUCCCCAUGCCCUUUUCCUGCCCGUCCCUCCCAAGAAGAGAGAACUUGGCUGAUAUCUCACCACUUUUGAAGAAAAGAACCCUGACUUGGAGACUCACUUCCGGUGUGAAGGUUCACCCGGCGGACAAUCACUGUCCCUACUUCUUUCAUGGUUCAUAAAAGUCUGCAUGUGGUUUUACUCUGUAGGAGCUGUUAGCAGCUUAGUUUUCUAACUCCUGUGGGGAGCAGCAUUACUAAGUUAUUCUGAAGCUCUGUUUUCUUCUCCCUUCUUUCUUUCUUUUUCUUUCUUUGUGUGUGUGUGAGUGGUGGGUCUUGAUUGGGCCAUUAUUUCAAGAGAGUAGAUGCUAAGUUUCUGGAUUUUAUGCUGUUGUAAAUUGGAAAUGUCUACUUUAAGUGCCUUUACAGAAAAACCAGCACCAGAUCAUGGCUUCCUUCUUCACUCAAAGGUUGCUUCGUUCUGAGUGGUGAAAUAGUUUCUUUGUAGAAGUAUUUUGCUUUUGCUGUUCUUUCUGUAUCUGCCCAUGGUGCCUACUCUGUGGUGAAAUAUUAAAAAAUGUAAGCUCACAGGUAAGUUUAAGGAUUUCUGUGUUAACACUUGAAAUCACAUCUUAUGAGGACAGAUGCUACCAGGCACAUAAUUUGAGAACACAUAGACUAACCCAGAGAAAUGGAGGCAGGAGCCCAAUUUCCGAGAGGAAGGGAAAGGAGAGACGUUAUGUAGGUGGUGCUUUACACAUGGGGAGGUAAGAGACCACCAGAGGUCGGCUGCUUGCGGACAGCCUUGGACACGAAAUCCUUGCCUGUCCUGAGCAAAGAGAAGUCCAACAGUCUGCUCUGUGGCUGCUCUACUGAGCACCCCCUUCCUGUACUUCUGUUCUCCAUCUCACCUAGUCACUCCCCAACACACCCAAGCACCCCUUCUCAGCUCCCUCCUCUCUUCUUCCCACAUCUAGUCUUCAAUUUUUGUUUGCCUUUACUUCUCAAUUCUAGUACUUACAUCCUCUAAUCUUGGUGUCUGUGGCCAAACAUCUAUUAUUAUACAUAUCUGUGUGUGUUUGUAAUGGUUAAAUAAUUGUAAGUGUUUUGGAUGUAUGUGUCUGUCUCUAUAUUGAAUGGAUUGAAUAAACAUGUAGAUAAUAUUGCAAACCAA